AGUACAUAAAUGUUUCUAAAUAACAAAGGCCACAUCUGCACCAGACAUUUGAAACACUUUAGACCAUUUUAACAGUGGUAUAAGAGAACAUGGCUUCCCAGAAAGCAUUCUGGGAGCUGUAGUUUGUUAAGGGUGCUGGGAGUUGUUAUGAAGCCCCUAUUUCCCUCCCACAACUAUAGUUCCCAGAGUGCUUUAACAGUCAAUCCCUCUUCUCAGGGAGAUCUGGGAACUAUAGUUCUUGCAGGGGGAGUAGGGGUCUUCUCACAACUCUCAGCGCCCUGAGCAAACUACACUUCCCAGGAUCAUUGGGGGGGAAGCCAUGAGUGUUUAAAAAUGGUGUCAUAAAGCUUUAAAUGUGUGGGGCAGAUGUGGCCUCUGAAAGACAUCAGCUGAUCCAGGCUGCACCUAUAAAUACCCACCAUGAUUCUCGGCCGCCCCUUCAACUCCCUUUCCGAACCUGACCCUCAACAGGCCUGCUCCAUUGUAUCAGCAGAAGGCCUCAGACCUGACAGUGGCACUAUGACGCCCUCAGAGGUCACAGAACCAUUUCACAAAGCAGAAAACAUAGGCAGGCAGACAUAUAUUCACAGCAUGUCCUCACACUCCCCAGCACCUAGUCCGCAUCCUCUGUUUUUCUUCCCUGCUCCCCAACUACCUAUUCACUGUAUUUUUCACUCUAUAAGACGCACCCAACCAUAAGACGCGCCUAGUUUUUAGAGAAGGAAAACAAGAAAAAAAAAUCUCUCCCUCUCUGCUCAGCGCCUCUUCAGCAAAGCGGGAGGAGAAAUGGAAGGGGCUCUGUUUCUCCUCCCACUUCGUUGAAGGGGCGCUGCGCAGCUCUCCCUCUCUGCGCAGUGCCAUUUGCUCCAUAAGACGCACACACAUUUCCCCUUACUUUUUAGGAGGAAAAAAGUGUGUCUUAUGGAGCGAAAAAUACGGUACUUUUCUUCAAUUGCAGGGGUAGGCAAGGUUUACCUCACCUAAGCCGGGUUCACUCCAAUGGAGAUCCCUCCGUGGGCCAGAUCGCGCACUCACGGCCGCGAUUUCCAGCAUCUGUGCAGACAUGAUUUCCAGUGUCUGUGUCUGCAUAGAUGCAAUUUUCGGCAUCUGAGCAUGCGCAGACGCGAUUUCUGGCACUACGGAAGUGAGUCUCCGCACUGUGCUGCGUCAGUUUAGCGCAACGCACAGGGACUCGCCGAGCAGGCGGCUCGGUUCGGGGGUGGCUCGGGGGCCAGUUAAACGACUCCCGUGGGCCGCUUGUGGCCCAUGGGCCUUAGGUUGCCUACCCCUGAAUUAAGGCCACAUCCACCCUAUGUGUUUAAAACAUUAUAAUCCCACUAAAAUUAUCACUUAAAUGUUUGCUGCCUUGGGCUCCAUGGGGUGGAUAUAAAUCAUAACACUUAAAAAUAAAUCAAUUAAAUGUGUUCAGUUUCUAUGGAACUGACAGGGCUUUUUGUGCUUGAAUUUUUAGUGCAGUUCAGGUGUCGAAGUCUCUCAGCCCAUUUAGGGUUACCCUGAAACUUGCAAACUUAGCAAAUAUACAUAAAAUGUGAGCGGAAGGAGAGGAUGCAAAAAAUGGAGAGGCGGGGGGAAGAAGUGUGUGUUGGAAAAGAACAUCUGAUUUUAAAACAAAGUUCUUUCUAAAGGUCAUGCAGAAAUCGAGACAUAACUAUUACAAGGUUCUUCCAAAUAAACCCUUGCGCCUGCAAACAAGUGCAUUUUUUUCUUCCCUUCAUUGCAAAGGUGAUGAUAAUGCUUUCCCUUGUUUUUUUUAUUAUAAUCAACCAACUUACUCCAAUAAUGUCCUUGAUGUAUUCAGCCAAUUGGAAGAUGCCCCUCCUUUCUUUUCCUUUUUGAACAGAAAAGGGGGGACGAAGGUACCCUGGCAAUGGUAUAAAAAUCUGUGAUACACUGAUGCAGUUGUCCGGUUCGUAGGGAGCAGAGAGAGGGAAGUUUUGUUCACUGCACCCUUGAAGGAUUCAGUUCCUUACUAGUUAGCACAGAGUGAGGAGCAGUCAGAGUAAUCAGUCUCUGGCAAUCAUGGCCAAGGUAGCUUGGCUGUGGUUUCUGCUGCUUUCACCCACUAUCCCUGGAAAAGUUGUUCUGGAUUUGACUGGCCCACAUGAGACCCAUGGCACUUGGAGGGCUUCGGUCAUUUUGCCAUGUUUGUAUGACCCAUCUCCUGACUUUCUGGAACAAAGUGUUGUUUGGAGGCAGCGGGAUCAUCACAAUAGAGCCAUCUUUCACCGGGAUAAUGACUCAGGGGACCAAACACCUGUGGCACAUUUCAGAGACCGACUCACCGUUCCUAAGCAACCCCUGGGAGAUGUCUCCCUCCUGAUCCACGAUCUCGACAUGGCAGAUAGAGGGCGAUAUGCCUGUGAAGUUACCUUCCUGACCAAAAACAAUACCAGGGUAACAAUAUCAAGGAUCAUCAUACUGAAGGUUAAAAAAGUUCCAGUGGCCAAGCCUGUCAUUAAGGCCACCAACAAUGAUGAGACAAGCUUGCCUGGCGUGAUGAGGUUCAACCUGUCUUGCUUGACCACUGGCUCUCCGCCCAUCACUUACCGCUGGUUCAAACAAGUGGAAGGAAGCAAUGCAACCUUUGUGGGCAAGGAAGCCGUACUUGCCUUUGACCGGCUGGAGGCAUCGGAUGCUGGCAGAUACUACUGUGAAGUUGAAAACAGGGUCAGCAAGCAGAUCCAGCAGAGUAGAGCUAUUCGGAUAAACGUGCAAAGUUCUGCAGUGCCAUCUACUUUGGGGCCUAGCACUGAGUUCGCAAUGAGCACCACAGCUGUGGCAGAUGCCACAAGCACGGCUUGGAUGGUUUUCGGAGGAAGAACUACAUCUGGCAGCUUCAACUCAAGGGAGCUCACCGUGGCAAAACGUCCAGCUACAAUACCAGCAACUACGACAGCAACUACUACUGGGAAGCCUUUACCAAAGCCUACUGGGUCCAAGAUGUCAACUUUCGCCAUCAUCAUGCUUGUUCUGCUCUCCUUUGUUCUCACUGGUAUUCUUAUGUGUAUUGUCUGCUACAGAAUACAUGGAACUGGUGACGGCUUUCCAAUUUCAUACUUCUGUAUUACCAGAGGCACAGAUGAAGACAACGAUGAUGACAACACAGGUGGAAGUGAUGGGGACAACCCACAUGACCUAGGAAGAAACAACAGGUGUGCAUGUUCGUAUGAGUACGAGUUACUGAACGGCAGUGCUGACAACAGCCGCAUCCUGGCACCUAUACUAGGCCUUGAGGAAGAGGCGAUAGAACUCAAGACAGUCAAUAUGUAUGAGGCCCUGGUCAAUGAGUCAGAUUCUGACAUUGAAGUGCUAGAUGCCCCCCUGUGAGGCGCCUUCCUUUUUCUUUUUUGCAUUGAUGAGAGCCAGAGUGGUGUAUUGGUUAAGAGUGGUAGACUUGUAAUCUGGUGAACCGGAUU